UCACAACAAGGAAGUGCCUCAGUUUAAAGCUCGGUAAACGUCAGGUCGCUAUUUCUUCUUCUCUUUUUCUCCGUCACGUCACAAACUCUUGUUUUAAUCUUGUUUUAAUCUCAUAUUUUGAUAACAAUAAUAACAACAACAACACGUGUUAAUUACAGUUGAUAAUUUCUUCAUGGGCUCGUUGAAGUUUCUGUAGCCGAGUGUUUGACGCUGCUCAGCGGCAGAAGGAGAAGAAAAUGCCCGCCCGGAACGUCGUGACUGACGGGGGAAGUAACGUAAGGUACUCCCGGUUAGCGAGCGACGAUGACGGAUACAUCGACUUACAGUUUAAGAAGAGUCCGCCCAAAGUGCCGUACAAAGCCAUCGCUCUGGCCACAGUUCUCUUCUUAAUUGGCUCAGUGUUGAUUGUCAUCGGCUCUCUGCUCCUCGCUGGAUACUUUGGAGUCACGCACUCGGACCGAACCAUUCCUGUCCUCAUCAUCGGGAUCCUCGUCUUCCUGCCUGGAUUUUACCAUCUACGCAUCGCUUACUAUGCUUCAAAGGGCUACACAGGUUAUUCCUACGACGACAUCCCAGACUUUGAUGACUGACGCACACACACACACACAUAGAGUUAGUGUUGCUUUUGCUGAAACUUUAAAUAAACUUAAAAAAUAAAUAUGACGUCACUCUGCUGUUAUGAAGCUGAAUUGUAAAGUUGUUUUUUAUAGUUUUAUCUCAAAGAGUCUGUUUGUUGUAAUUUAAUGUAUUUUUUAAUUCAAUAAAACUCAAAAACAUUGGUUUGUUCUUGGUUCAGAAACA